UCCAAGUGUUAAUUCAUGAUUAUUAUGCAGUAAUAUUGCUUAAUUUAUUAUCAAGUUAAGAAAUAUUAAAUGUACGUAAUAAGACAACAUGUUAUAUUUCAUAUUACGUUCGGUAGAAUUCUUAGUUAUUUACUACCCACAAAUUUAUAAAAGUGUUGCUAUGGUUAGUUAUGUAACAUAAACCUUAUUUAAAGUUUUUAGGAUUUUUUUUCAAACUGUUAUUUAAUCAGGGUGAUCAAACUAAUUAAAGCAGGUUAGUUGUUGUAUUAGUUAAUAAUAGAACUCGAUUUUGGCUGUCGAUCAAAUGUUUUAUCAAUUCAAGUCGUAUUUCGUGUUAUUUAGAUUUACAAUUCCUUUGUUUUUCAAAUUAAUCUUUAUUGUUAUUAAAAUCAUUUACAUGUAAUGUUUAAUAUUUAAUUAGGUUCAUUACUUGUUUGUUUGAACAUGAUUCAUCAACAUGUCUACACACCAUCCAUUACUGCUUUAACAAAAUAUUUUAAAUGCAAUACUAACAGUCUUUUUGCAUUUCUGUUAUGUAAUGUUAUAUUAAUAAUAAUUUAUAAUAUACAUAAAUAUCGAUGUUUUUGUCAAACAUUGUUGUUCGUUGGCACAAAUUGGACCAAAAUUAACGAAUUUUUAACAUGUGCUGGUUUUUGAUUCAAUUAAGCAAUUGAUUUCAGCAAAGACGUUAAGACUAAGCAAAUUUGAAACGAAGCAAAACUUGCAAACUAAGAUUUUACCACUGAAGUAGAAUCCCCUUGAAAGUCUAUAUGUAUUUGUAUAAUCUUACAUUACAUCUUGACCUUACCCUUCCUUGUAUAAAAAUUCCGGUUUUUCCCAUAUAACAAAUUGGACAAUCGUGUUGAUUCAUUUCUCUUAUCAUAUUUCCUCUGAACACUUCCGGCCCUGUAUUUCUGCUUUUGAUAGUAACACCCACACUUUAAUUGCAAAAAGUAAUGAGUAAUAAAAUAAUAUUAUAUGUACUUAGAUUUACUUAAUGUUUGCAAAACUUUUUAUUUCGUUGUAAUUUAUAGUUUCAGAAUUUUACUUUGAAUAUACAAUACAACCGGUGAUAACGGUUGGUUGCGUUUACUCAUACGUGUUGUAAGAUAAUUAUUAUCUAUAGGUGUGCGUAUAGUUGUUGUCAGUUGUCACAUUGCCAAACUGUAGUGGCGCCCGCGCCUGUCUUCAGUCUAUAACGUUCCUUAGCGGGAAGUGUAUGGCGCGCGAUGUGUUUACAUUUUCGCCUUCUGUGCGAGGCGCUCUGGUGGCCGGUGCUGUUGAGAUGUGCCCGUCCUACGCACACCUAUGAUGACGACUAUGAUCAGCAACUCAAAGAUGAACUUGGUGAAGUGGUGGCCGAGCUGGAGGCCCUUGACGGGCAGGAGGAGUGCAAGCAGAACAGUAAAGCCAAACAGAUGAGCAUAGGCAGAAAGAAAUUUAAUAUGGAUCCAAAGAAAGGUAUAGAGUAUUUGUACGAGAACGGAUUACUACAAAGGACACCAGAGGACGUGGCACAAUUUCUACAUAAAGGUGAAGGCCUGAGUAAAACCGCAAUAGGCGAUUACCUAGGCGAGCGAUCCGACUUCAAUGAGGCAGUACUGAGAGCAUUCGUCGAGUUACACGACUUCACAGACUUGAUACUUGUUCAAGCGUUAAGGCAAUUCCUAUGGAGUUUUCGUCUUCCUGGCGAAGCGCAGAAGAUUGAUCGUAUGAUGGAGAGUUUUGCACAGCGGUAUUGUCAGCUCAACCCCGAUAUAUUCACGAACGCGGAUACAUGUUAUGUACUCAGCUUUGCGAUUAUUAUGUUGAAUACGUCCCUACAUAACCCGAGCGUGAAAGACAAGCCUUCGCCUGAACAAUUUGUUGCCAUGAAUCGAGGGAUCAAUAAUGGGGGUGAUUUACCUCAGGAGUUGCUCUUGUCCUUAUACGAGUCGAUAAAGACGGAGCCAUUCAAGAUUCCAGAGGACGACGGCAAUGAUCUUAUGCAUACCUUCUUCAAUCCGGACAAGGAGGGGUGGCUUUGGAAGCAAGGUGGCAGGUAUAAAUCGUGGAAAAGACGAUGGUUCAUUCUGAACGACAACUGCUUAUAUUACUUCGAGUAUACGACGGAUAAGGAGCCUAGAGGAAUCAUCCCAUUAGAAAAUAUAUCCGUCCGUCCAGCAAGUGAUCGUCAACGGCCGCAUUGUUUAGAGUUGUACGCGAGCGGCGGCGCGGACCUGAUUAAGGCGUGCAAGACUGAUUCUGAGGGAAAGGUCGUAGAGGGAAAACAUACAGUAUAUAGAAUGUCAGCCUCAACGGUGGAGGAAAGAGACGAAUGGAUAGAAUGUUUACGACGAUCAAUUAGCCACAACCCAUUCUACGAUAUGUUGGCGCAGAGGAAGAAGAAAGCGCAACACAGUGUGCACUCAGCACAUUAGCAUCGAAUGUGUAUGUAAAGGACUCCAAAUAUAUCUGGUUUAUUUAAUUGUACCAAACUAGAACUCAUCAGAGAGUGAAAUUUUGUUUAAAUGUUAUUAAUUUAGUAAAGCAACGCGAAUAAUAGAAGAGCGUUCGAAGUUUUGUUUGAAUAUUUUCUUCGGACGAACGAAGUUUUAGCUCAAAAUGUCACAAUUAUCUGAAACAAUGUCUUUCAUGAGAGUGCGAUGUGUGAUGUCUGGUAUAGAGGGCGUUAAAUUAAAUAUUGGUAUUAGAUUUUUAUUGAAUAUAGAUCGUGCCAUCCAAAAAGACUAAAAAACAGUUAAAAUUAAGUCUGAGUUGGAAAUAUUCUCAAUCCGCAAUGCGCGGAUCCUUUAUCUUGUAUUAGUAGUAAGGGGGCGUCCAUAAAUUACGUGAUGUG